GUUUUCUUCUUCUUUAAAUAUUUAUAUCAUUCCAACUGUUAUUAUUAUGAUUAUUAGAGGCUGAUAAAGAGGCAGCGCAUACGUUAAGUGAAGCUUAUGCGGAUAAUGUUUUAUUAAAUUGGGUUACGGGAUCAAUUAAAGACCAGAAAAAGAAAUUUGAUAUUUAUGAGGAUAUCUUUAAGGUACUCAUUCGAACAGUUGCGAGUGAUAGUAGAGAUUUUGCUAUUCAAGUAAAUGGUUGUCAGGGUGUUUUACUUUGGUCUGAAGGUCAUAGUGAAAUUCUAUCCAUUGGUAAUGUAAUGAGCAAAAGGAGACUUUGGGGCAGUUUAGGCGGUUUAGCGACAAUGGUAUCUAGAAAAGCGGACUUUUUAUAUAUAUAAAUAUAUAAAAUACUACAACAACUCUACUUAUUCUUUUUUUUUUUUUCUAGCGAGCAACUUUAAUUCACCAUCGUCAGCUUUCUAAAAUGAAAAAACGUAUAUUAGAAGGACGUCAACAUCUGUCUGUAAAUUUCAUUGGUGUUUUACCUGCAGCAAGAAGACGAGGAGAAGGAGGAGCGUUAUUAAAGUAUGUAUUAAAGAAAGCAGAUGUUGCACAAUUACCUAUAUUUGCUGAAGUUUGGGGUCAAGAUUGUUUAAAUUGGUUUCAAAAGUUUGAUUUUGUUAUUCAUGAUGAAAAGAGUUUAAGUGAUAAAGAAGAUAUUCGUAUUUAUUAUAUGGUUCGUGAACCAAGAAUGGAUCCGGAGACACCUAAAAUAUUAUCUGCUGUAGAUGCCAUGGCUGCUUUACAUUUAGAACCUCCUCGUGAAGAUGCUCUUACUGCCUUACAAAAGAAUGAAGAAUAAUAUAUCAUAAAUAAUUAAGAUUGAUAUAUA